CCUGCAUGAGGUAUCUGAGGUCAAUAAGGCCUCCAUGCGUACGAAAGCAGGUCGCAAAUUGUUCUGGGUGGAAGUGAGUUCAGGUUCCCAGAAGAUUUAUACCAAAACCCUGCACAAACUGAGGAAGCUGUUCACCUCACACCAUCUCACUGAGCCAAAGAUGUGCUGGACUCCACCCCUGUGGAGACACUCAGAUACUCGAAGUCCCCUGACACUGCUCUUGUUAAGGACAGGAGCCGCCCUCCGUCUGUGAGAAGUGAGAAGCCAUUUUCAAAAGUCAGUUUGACUAAAAGGUCUAAAGCCCUUGUGUCUUCGAGUGGCUCCUCCACAGACCACCAUGUAAUUGACACAUGCAGUGAGGAUGUCACUCUGCCCACCAGGAGUGAGUCAGUUAUGAGCGACACCUGUUUGAAGAGAGCCUCUCCUCUCCAUGGUAGUGGAUUGUAAGUGACACCAGCAAUGCCGCAAGUGACAUCACUCAUGGUGUUGUGGCUGACCUUAAUGCUACUGAGGAAUUCCCUGCCAGGGGCCUUAGCCCGGCUGAUGUAAAGGCUGACGGCAUGGCCCGCCUUCCCUCUGCCAGAGGGGAAGAGACUAAGAAGAACAGGAAGUGGCGCUUCCUACCCAAAAUUGGCAAGAUUGCAAAGAUCAGGAUGAAGCUGUUCAAGACAAAAGGGGAACCGAAGAGCCACCCUGAACAGGAUGCGCUGCCUACCAAACGUCACAGAGAGACUCGUAUUUCACAGAAUGCUGAGUGUGAGGUUCCAGAGGUUCCAUCCACUUCCCCACCCAAGGAGGACCUGACAAUCACACUGGCCCCUGCUCCCCAGGAGUCCCAGUCCCGUAAACGCCCUCUCAUAGUCAGGGUUGUUGCAUCCCCACACCUACCAGUGAAGCACCACAGGCAGGACAAUGAGAAGCGGACACCGUUGCAUGCCGCUGCCUAUCUAGGAGAUACAGAAAUUCUAGAGCUACUCAUACUAUCAGGAGCCAGAGUAAAUGACAAAGACAAGUGUCUCAAUACUCUGCACCGGGCCGUGGCUUCCUGCAGUGAGGAGGCAGUCCAGGUGCUAUUGAAACACUCCGAUGUGAACGCCAGGGACAAGAACUGGCAAACGCCGCUACACAUCGCUCCAGCCAAUAAGGCGGUCCACUGUGCCGAGGCCCUGGUCCCCAGCAAUGUGAACAUGUCGGACCGGGCGCACGGCGCUGCACUAUGCAGCGGACACCUGGAGGAGGUUCGUCAUAUGAAGGACAUUCAAGUGGAUGUGACCCCUAAACUGCAGGAGGGGCUCAGUGGGGUGACAGACAUCCUGUAACGGAUCUCCAAGCUAGUGUCUGAGGACCUAGAGAAGGAUGUGUCUACAGCUGUGGUUCAGGACAAGCAAGUAGGUUCAGCCCUGGAUAAGUGCACCAUCCUGGCUGUGAUCCCCAGUCCAGCUGCUCCAUGUGACCUAGCUGGGAAGCAGGGCCUCAGUGAAUACCGCUGCACCCUGACCUUUGACCCUUGCACGGCCAACGAUCACCUGCUUCUCUCCCAGGAGAACGUACGAGGGCAUCCCCAGGAAGGAAAAGGGGAUCUUCCCUAGAGCCUCCAGCUGGAUGAGCGCCAGCUGAGCACCUGGCACAACGGGUGCCUGGAAACGGUGGCUGGCCACUGUCACCGCUCCCGCAUCGGAAUACUGCUGGACUACGAGGCUGACGAAAACUGACGAACUAUGGAGACGGGCAGACACGGCGGCUGCAUGCCUUCCGCUGUGCCUUCACUCAGGAGCUGUUCCCGACCUGUUGCCACAACGACAACACAAAAGGGGAUAACGUGACCUAACAAUCUCAUAUGGGACGAUUCUCCGUAACCAUAGAGUUAGAUAGACAUCGCAUCAUUGUAUCUGUCCCAUUAUGGUGACUGCAAGAGCACAGGCAGCGCCAUUGAGGCCAUCUCCAUUUUGAAGUAGUCCAUUUUCUUCUUCUACUACUUCUAUGAGUUGGCAAACAAACUGAAAGAGUGCACACUGCCACCAAGAGUGUGUUUGAACAGGUAUAAAGCCAAGGUUGGUGGUUUACUGCCAGCUGCAAAUAUGGAAUG